AUGUCAAAUAAAGUUGUAUCAGAAAACCCUACUGAAUUAGAUUUAAAAAUUGGUCAAGCUUUACUUGAUUUAGAAUCAGGAGAUUUAAAACAAGAUUUAAGACCUUUACAAAUUAAAUCAGUUAAAGAAAUUGAUGUUAAUGGAGGUAAAAAAGCUUUAGCAGUAUUUGUUCCACAUCCAUCAUUAUUAGGAUUUAGAAAAAUUCAAAAUAGAUUAGUUAGAGAAUUAGAAAAAAAAUUCCCAGAUAGACAUGUUGUAUUUUUAGCUGAAAGAAGAAUUUUACCAAAACCAUCCCGUAAAGCAAGAAAACAACAAAAAAGACCAAGAUCAAGAACUUUAACUGCUGUACAUGAUAAAAUUUUAGAAGAUUUAGUUUUCCCAACUGAAAUUAUUGGUAAAAGAGUUAGAUAUUUAGUUGGUGGUAAUAAAAUUCAAAAAGUUUUAUUAGAUUCAAAAGAUUCAACUGCUAUUGAUUAUAAAUUAGAUUCAUUCCAACAAUUAUUUUCAAAAUUAACUGGUAAAACUGUUGUUUUUGAAAUUCCAGGUGAAAAUAAUUAA